CUUAUUGAAAAGAGUAUUCGUCGUUGGAUUGCUUUUUGGAUCUUUCUUCGUCUGAUUUCACUUUUUUUUUGUUGGAUUUCACUUUUUUUGGUUGUUUUCAUCGUACUCUUUGCAUCAUCAUGAUCAGGAUUUGUUCGGGUACCUCCUUGCCCACACGGAAAGGAAGAAUGUGAUGACGUGGAAAGCGAUGGGAAUAACGAUGGGAGGCAGGCUUGAUGCUGGUAACGCGGGAGUGGCGUACAGAUGCACGUUGGACGGGAAAGAGUUAGUGGCAAAGCUCUAUCCUCUACAGACGGAUAGUGUCAAUCUUCAAGCCCAGGCCGAAAUUCAAGCCUAUGGCCGCCUCACUCCUGUCGCCAAGAAGACACCCAAUUUUUCGCCUCUCAAGACGUCGGCUGUCGUCACUAAACUUCCCGAUUAAAAGAGUUGCUGCCUGACGAUGACAUGGAUCACAUGCUUGUUCUGGUGAUGGAGCAUGCCGGAACACAGUUCGGCCAGGGUUACCUGACGGCGGACGUAGCGACGAGCAUCCUACGUCAAUUCGUCUUGUCGACGAUGCUUGCAAAUGAAGCCGGGGUCUUUCAAAACGAUCCAAACUUCGGGAACUUGCUUGUGAAGGAAACCAAAGAGGACCAGCUGGUGUUCAAGAUGAAUCGUCAGAAAAUGAAAGUCAAGAGCCACGGAGUAUUGCUCACGAUCAUUUACUUCAGUCAAGCCACGAAUGUUCUGGAUCCCACCAGCCCACCACACGAAGACGUUGCAAGUCUGGCUCAGGAUUUGAAGGAACUUGCGACGUCCGUUGCUGAUCGUGAUAAGAUGGUGCAAACCUUUGGAGCAUGUGCCACAGCCACUUCAAUGCAGGACAUCUAUCCAAAUAGCGACUUGUUCAAGGACUGAUGGGAUCUUCACGACUCUGCUGCGAAAAAUUACUCGCUUAAUUCAACUUUCUGUGAUUUCUUUUUUAAUUCAUUCCUGUCAUACUCUAUUUAAAAUUUUUUCCCCCAUUUUUUUCUCCUGAUUAGAAAGAAAAUAAAAAAUAUUUAUUU